GUAACUACCUUGGAGCCAUUCAGAACUGGGUGAAUCUGCAGGAGGAGUGCAGCUCAGUGCUAUAUAGCAUUAUGGACAUGCACUCUCUCACCAUGCCCAAGGAACCAGCUGUCCUGCGCCAGAACAUACUGGACACCACUGCUGCCAUCCUUGCCUGUGGUAUUGACCCAAAGAAGUGUUUCCUGUUCCGACAGUCGCUGGUUCCUGAGCAUGCGGAACUUGCCUGGAUUCUUGGGUGCUUAACUAAUGUGCCACGUCUGCUACGCUUGCCCCAGUGGAAGAUGAAGCGUACCAGCCAGAAUAAUGAAGGAACUGUUGGUUUGUUGACUUACCCUGUGCUUCAAGCAGCAGAUAUUUUGCUGUACAAGUCGACACGUGUUCCCGUUGGAGAAGAUCAAGUCCUGCACCUGGAACUAGCCCAAGAUAUAGCACAACAUUUCAACAAGAAAUAUGGAGAAUUCUUUCCUGUGCCCAAAGCCAUUUUAAGUACAACAAAGAAAAUAAAAUCCCUCAGAGAUCCAACGGUGAAGAUGUCGAAGUCAGACCCACAGAAGUUAGCUACUGUUAACAUAGCAGACAGCCCCGACAAAAUAGUGCUGAAAUUCCGCAAAGCUGUGACUGACUUUACCUCUGAGGUGACCUACGACCCAGCCGGUCGCCCUGGUGUCUCCAAUCUGGUGUCCAUUCAUGCUGCAGUAACGGGGCUUAGCAUCAAAGAAGUGCUGCACCAGUCUGCUGGUCUUGACACUGCUGGCUACAAAAUGGUGGUAGCAGAGUCAGUUAUUCAAAAAUUUGCACCUAUCAGGAGUGAAAUCAAGAAACUCCAGGAAGACAAAUCCCAUCUGAUAAAGGUUUUAGAGGAUGGAGCAGAGAAAGCGAAAGAAGUGGCUGCCCCCAUUUAUCAAGAAAUAAGAAGACUGGUGGGAUUGCAGUAGAAACUGCUGAGUAGUUGCAAGGACUUUUGUUUCCUGGGACAGACAUUUUGUUAUUUGUAUCUUCUUAAUCAUUUUGGUUUGAAACAAAAACUUCUUUUCCUGGAAAAUCCAAGUAGAACAUUGAAGGUGUUUGCAUUUAAAAAUGUGCAUGAAGCUAGAUAUUUCCAGUGGGACCAGCAUUGAGCUUGUCUGGAUAGUCAAAGAGGGAGGGCAGAAGCAAUCACACAAACCCCCAAAUGGGGUUUUGGGUUUUUCCAUUGACCACUGCAAGAAGCUGAGGUAUAGGCGAGGUGAUCAGAAUCUAGCAGAAAGAUUUGUAAUCUUCUCAAGAACAUCCUUAGCUGUGCAUGUGGUCUUGUUACAGAUGGGCAACUCAUCCCAUUGGUCGUUAUUCAGCUUUGGUAUGGUGGUUGAAUGUGUUCUUGGAUAACCAGAAUAAAAGCACAGGCUUACAAAUCAAAAUGCUGAGAGUGACGAAGAGAGAACUUACUGCUUCUCCCUAUCAUGUCUCCAAACUCUGUGAUUUUUGUAUCUGCAUCUAGUCUGUGUGUCUUAUGGACACGGAUAUCCAUACUCUAAAACUCACUGUGACUGCUGGGCUAGAUGGCCUCUUUGAUAGUCACUCCAAAGGAUCCAGAGAGUGGAGUUGAAUUUCACUUCUGCCACCUGUGCUAUCCUGCUGGUCAGGUCUAAGGUACUUCAGUGAGAGAAGACAUGCUUCAGCUACUCCUAUUCCACCUGCUGUUCGGUUUAGCAGGGAGCUCCAGGAUUUUCAGUUCAGCAUCAAGUCUAGGAUUCCUUUAGAAAAGGUGCAGGGGAAAAGAUGUAAUCCUGUGUGAAAGAAAUCUUAGGUUGAGAAAUCAGAGAACUUUCUGUAAAAUUUACAAAUUACUUGUUUAGAAAAUUGUGCUGAGGUCAGAGCCAGAAUGGGAUUAAAUAGAUCUUUAUGAACUCUCACUACUGAGCCUCAAGAAGGCUCAGUGAUGGGAGAAUGGUGUUAGCCUGCACUGAUCUUAGGCCUCACAAGACCCACAGACUGGCACCCGCGGACCAUGGCAUUUGUUGGGGAUUGUGUGGCAAAGGGGAAUUGCCAAAAGGAGACACCCUCUUCUGAAGAGACGGUAGUAGUACAUGUUAAAAGGCAAUGAAAGCCCUACUGGUCCUAUGCCAGCAUAUUUAAGUAUAUCAUUGCACUUAAUGGUGCUGUAUUUGAAGUUCCUAUACUGUAAUGUAAAUUGAGUUCAUCCUGUACUCCGGCAGCUCAUAACCGUUAUAUGCCUAUGGCAUUUGUCAUAAAGGAUUGCAGUCUUACAUGACUGAGUUAGUAAAACUGAGGGGGUUCUGUGUAGUGCAGUUGUUUGUUUGUUUCUUUUAAAAAAAGCUAUUUAGUUUUAAAUUUAGUUAAUUAUCACAGUGAGGUGAUUCAGAAAGAAUUAUUUAAUUUUGCAAAGCAAGAAGUUGUGGACCGAGUGUCUGCGGAUCUAUACUGAGACCUGUAUUUAUUUGUCAGGGAUCUGAAGAAGAGAACUGCCCUGCAAGAAUUUGAUGAUGGCAGAGUUUCUAAAGUUAGUCAAGACUAGAGGAGCAGAGUGGAUGGAGACAGAAUGAUGGGCAACCAAACUCGGUGUAGACAAGUCGAAGGUUGUGAGAGAAGACUUUUGUUAAACUUUGAAUUUCCAACCAAGCUUUCUAUCGCAUAGUCCUGUGGUGACCAGAUGACAGCUGAAGUAAUGGAAAAUUCUCUUUAUUGUCACAAAAGAUUCUGUGCUGAUUCCCACUGUCUUUUCUGUCAGUUUUGUUGAUUGUGCUAAUGGUCGUAUUGUGGAAGCUUUGACAGAAAAGUAUUUUUGUUUUGUGCCAAUGAAAAAUCAUUCUACCUGCAACAGUCCCACAUUAUUGUGCAAAUGGCAGAUUCACUGAUCAUUUUGCUUUUGGGCAGCAGCUUUGGUUUCACAGUUAUUUUUAUAUAAAACCAAAUGCCAACCUCCUGCACUGAGGGAUGAGCACGUGUGCCCAGUUAUAAUAAACAGUUUAACAUCUGGGAAGAUAUUUUGCUACUGUGGUAAAUUGCUGUCACAGAACACCAUGACUGAAGAAGAGAUUAUCCACUUCAUGAGUGGCCUCGUGCUGCCUGUGGACAUGAAACUAAGCACUGAGCUUAACGUCUGUUGUGCUGUCGUGCUCUCAGCACUCCAACGUGGCUGUGAGACAGGAACAGCAAAUCUAUGCCACACCAGAAGGCUCAAUCAGUUCCAGAUGUGCUAUAUUUGGUGUAUCUGCAAGAUGAAAUGUCAGGACAAGAGUUCCAGCACCGAAAUGUUUAAAAGUUAUUAAAUGUUUGGUAGUAACAGCAUGCUUGUAAAAGCCUGGGUAUGAUAGCAUGGUCAUAGCCUCAUUCACAUGGCUGAUACGAGAAGUCACACAGCUGUGUGUGAUGGUGGAGUAAAGUAAGCCAUCUGCUUCCUCAAUACAAUCAAUGUGAAGACAGUAUGAGUCUAAUUUGAAGGGUUAAUAGAUUAACCCUUACAGGUGGGAAGCAACAGCUUAUGGCAGAGCCAGGUGGUACCAGAUCUCUCUUGCUGUCCUAAACCAUUCUGAAACAAGAUGCUCGCAGUUCAGGUGGAGACUUCAGGUCGUACAAAGCACAGGCAAGAUCCUGCAUGGACAGUGUCACUUGUCCCACAUGCUGUUCUAUCUACGACUCUCUGAUCAGUCUGAUUUCUGAAGCAUGUCUUCAUUGUUGGUGUGACUUUAUUGUCAUCCGUCAACGUGAAAUGAUGGUCAUGUGCCGAUAGAAUUAAUGAAAUGUCUGUUAGAAACAUUGGAUGUAUGUUCUCUGCUAUCUUUGGUGAAAACUUCUUUCCUGAUGACCCAGCACUUAUAGAAACAUCUUGUUAAGCUAAAUACAAAUGAAACUUAUCAAAACAAGGCUAUUCUCUGGCAUUACCCAGAGUUUCUGGUGUAGGUGGUCUCUGGCUUCAUUCACCCUGUUUAUCUUCAUGUUUCCUUCCCUAAACCACAUCCCUCGGAGUAAAGUAAAAUCUUGUA